AUGAUCCGCUGGCUGGGCCCCACGUUUGUCCAGCACGGCUUCAAGGGCAGGGACCUGUGCAAAGCGAACCGGCCCGAGAUCCCCGAGUGCAUGGGCGCCGUGUGCGCCGCCGUCUACCUCAUCGUCAUCAUUAUAUUUAUCCCCUUUCCCUUUUACAAGGAUAUUGUCGCGGCCACGAGCGGAGGCGGAAAUAGGGACGUCGUGCUUGAAGUGCAUCACGUCAACGAGGGUCGGUUCCUGCAUAGGUUCCCGCAUAGCAAGCUGGCUUCCUAUCUCUCGGCCAUCCUGUCGCUCCAGACGAUCGCGCUCCUCGGUCUUAGCGAUGACCUGUUUGACAUUCGCUGGCGCCACAAGUGGUGGAUCCCGGGCCUGGCCUGCAUCCCCAUCCUCGUCCCGUACCUGGGCGAGCUCUUCGACCUCGGCGGCCUCUACUACGUCUACAUGGCCUGCAUCGCAAUGUUCUGCCCCCAGAGCAUCAACAUGCUCGCGGGCAUCAACGGCAUCGAGGUCGCCCAAUCCAUCGUCAUCGCCCUCCUCCUCGUCUUCAACGAUUGCCUCUACCUCUUCACCCCGUACCCGCACCCGGCCACCGACUCCCACCUCUUCUCCCUCUACCUCCUCCUCCCCUGGCUCGGCGUCUCCUUUGCCCUCCUCUGCCACAACUGGUUUCCCGCCCGCGUCUUCGUCGGCGACACCUACUGUUACUUCUCUGGCAUGGUCUUCGCCGUCGUCGGCCUCCUCGGCCACUUCUCCAAGACCCUCGGCCUCCUCCUCGUGCCCCAGCUCUUCAACUUCCUCUACUCCGCGCCCCAGGUCUUUGGCGUCGUCCCCUGUCCCCGCCACCGCCUCCCCAAGCUCAAUGCCCGCACCGGCCUCCUCGAGCCCUCCGUCACCCCCUGGGACCCCGACAACGGCGUCCAGCCUCGCCCCUGGGUGGCCCCCAUCCUCUUGCUCCUCGCCCGCUUCCGCCUCCUCCAAGUCACCCUCGACAAGCGCGGCCGCUUUCUCGAAACCAGCAACUUUACCCUCCUCAACCUCUGGCUCGUCAUUCGCGGGCCCCUGCGCGAAGAUCGCCUCGCCGCCGAGGUCACCGCCCUGCAGUUCGCCGUCGGCGCCCUCGGCCUCUUUGCUCGCCACCGUCUUGCCCUCCUCGUCUUUAAGGAGGAUAACUUGGGCAUGACCCUUGGGUGA